UGUACUUUGUACAACUUCUGUUUUAAUGUUGUACAUACAGUGAAGGAUUUACUCUGCCAGGAUGUGUCAGUAAAGUAUCGAUCAAUUAUAAUCAUAUCGUGCGCUUAAUUGGUAGAAGACGGUACAUUUGUGUGACACUGGAUUCGGGUUUUGGGUUUUGAAUCACGUCAGAUGAUGAUAAUGUUGCUGCUGCUUAGUGCCUGUGUUUGUUUGGGCCUCGCACAUGACCAUUAUGCUGAGAAACAGUAUGGGAAGACGUUCAGGUGGAUGAUACCUGAAGACACUCGGUCACUAGAGUUCGCCCCCAAGGGCAACUCAAAGGCAACAGUCUUCUGGACACUUCAUGUCGAGAAGGGGUGGGAUGCGGCAUUUUCAGUCUUAGGCCACAAGCCACUGAAGGGGAAAAUAGGUCUCCACUGGGGGUAUCUGGAGCUGAGUUAUUUAACCCAGGAAGACAGUGGCCUCUACACAAUGAGAGACAAUGAUAAGAAACUGCUGCGUACUGUGACCCUUGAGGUAAUAGCAAACACAAUGUCCUAUGAACUGAGUGCUCGAGAAAGCCUUGACUUCACUUUUGAUCUGGAACCGAACUCCUGCAACAUUUACUUCAUCCCAGAAAGUGACCUCAAACUGAAAAGGUUUGGGACUAAGAUAGUUCGUCAAGGCAGGCUAGAGAGGAAGGACUCAUUUUAUUGCAGUGGGUUUCAGCUGUCAAAGCCAUGUGGAAUUUUGAUUAAGAGUCUCCAAAGUUCAUGUGGUGGACGCUUCGAGGUCAGAGAUCAGAAUGACAACAAGGCCUUGGUGGUGUCACUGGAAGUGAAGCCACUACAGUCUUCUGAUGUUGGUUUUGGGAUUUUCAUUUUUUCGCUUGUGUUGUCGGUCCUCGCUUUCGUGUUCGUCUGCUGUUGUGGGAAGAGGCCCUCCAAAGAGGACGAUUCUGAGACUGAAGCUGCUGCUGCAUCUGCACCUGAGGGUGAACUUGUUGGACCGAGGUCAGAUGAAUUGAGUCAGCCCUUUGGGACACACUACCCCGCUCAGCCUUCUUAUACUCCGACUGGUCCACUGGCUAGUGUGUGUUGCAUUGCAUAGAGAGAACUUCUCCUCUCCUGUUCUUUUGUCUGUCUUUUCUCCUGCCUCUCCACCGUUAAACUAUUAUGUCACUCUGCAGGUACACGAUCCUACUGACAAUGUGCCACCUUCUUAUUCUGAGGUAUGACCUGCUGCACAUGUUAGUCUGAGCAUGCACACACAUAUACUCAGACACUUGAUGAAUAAAAGU